UAUGGGGUCAUUAAGGGAUGGUGUUGAGGUUAAGGAGUUGGUCGUUCGAUCGUGUCUUCCUUUUUUAGAAUAAUUAGAAAUUACUUUCUUGUUCAAAUCAGUGGUUGAAAGAUGAGUGAAUUUGUGGAAGAAGGUGUCGAAGGUUUGCUUUCUGUUUUCGAGACGUUAAGAGAUGUCCAGUUGCUGUCACCGACUGAAAUUGAUGCAUUUAUCAAACGCUGUCAAUUUUUUGAGUAUCGUCUUCAGAAGCCUCAUAAAGAUCCAUCAUCGUUCAAAGGAUACACCGAUUAUUUGCGAUCGACUAUGAAGCUUAUUCGGAUGCGACGGAAAAGAAUCAAAUACAGGUUGAGGGAGGAUGAAAUUGAAGGCAAGAUGUGUGUCAAGGUUGCCAACCUGCUUUGGGAAUGUUGUGAACGUUUCCGGGGAAGAAUAGAGGGUUGGUUUGAUUUAAUCGAGUUUUUGAAGAAGAAAAAAAUGUACAUCCGAUGCAGUAAAGCGUAUUUGCGUGCAUUGCAGAUCUUUCCAAGAGAUUCCACUUUACGAAUUCAUGCGGCCCGAUUUGAAUACUCAGUCGAGCAUAGGAUAGAGUGUGCACGUUGUAUAAUGCAAGAGGGAAUACGUUUAAACCCUACGGAAUGCAAUUUAUGGACUAAUUUUGUUCACUUGGAAUUAGAUCAUGUUAAAUGGUUGAUUACUCGAAAAAGUAUAUUGACCGGGAAAGGGUAUCAUUUACCAUGUACCGAAGAAAAGGAACUACAAGUUGCAACUGAAGCCCAAAAAAAUCGGGCAAUGAAGGUAGAUAUAAAUGAAAAAAGUGGACAGGAUGCAGUAUUGGGUCUUCGAGUCGUUGAAACGAUCACUAAUGAAGCCUUGAAAUGCUGCGGUUCAGGGCAAAGUGCAUUGCUGCUAAAUUUCUGGAGAACUGCGAAAAGAUACGGUUUGGUGGCCCAUCGUUUGGCAGAAAAAUUGUAUGAUAUGUUAUGGACUCCGAAGUACAAAAGCGAAGAAAGUUGGAUCGCAAAAUCAGAAUUAAUGAAUUACGAUCAAUAUUCUCUCUACGAGUUGCUGGAUAAAGCUUGUGAGGAUAUACCAACUGAAAGGAUGCAUCGACAUUAUUUAACUCAUUGCCAAAGACAUUAUUCAUAUGAUCGUGAUCCGGAUGCAAAAGAGAAGUUUCGUGAACAGCUUUUCUGGUUGAUCAGUAGGGGAUAUGGGACAAGUAUGGAUGUUAGAAAGUUCAAUCUACUGGUAGAAAAUCCUGAAGAAAAGGAGAAAGUUUUGAAUGAAGCAGUGAAAAACAAUCCGGGGAAUGCAUUUUUAUGGAUGAUGUUACUGCAAUGCAAAAUAAAGUUUAACCCGACAGAUAUUGAAGCGAUACGUAAAUUGUUCAAUAAAGCAACACGAGAAGCAUAUGAUGAAAGUCAUGGUCUUGCUGGCUUGUACAGAGUAGCGAUUGAUUGGGCGCAUCAAUAUUCAGAAGGUGAUGUGGAUGAUUUUUUCAGACGAGCUGCUUUUCGUACAGCACCGAAAAUUGCGUGUGAAAUGCGAUGUGUUCGCUUGAAUUACCUGGCAUCUGUUUACCAUGACAAGCCCAAUAAACUCAGGGAAGAAUAUUUCCUAUUUGCGAAACAUCCUCCGAAUAGUAUUGAUGUUCAUCGAACAUUUAUCAAACAUGAAUUGGAAUCAAUGCAAAUGUCAGUCGGAUUGAUCGCACAAGCUUAUGAGUUAAUGACUGUGGAAUUUGGAAAACGAACGCACGAGUGUUGGAUUGAAUAUGCGAGCUUUAUGCUGAAAUAUGACCCACUCACUUUGCAAACAAUUCAUAGGCGCGCUAUGGCUUCAUUGGUACCAAAUGAAAUCGAACCAUUUCUGGCAGCUUACAGUAAUUUAUUGCGAAAUGCUGCCAGUAAUUAUACUGGAUCCGAUUCUGAUUCGGAAAAGGAUGUAGAAGAUGUUGAUCUUAUUGAGGAUGACGACGAUGACGAAACGGAAGCUGCAACCAAAACUUUUGAAAAUUUCCAGCAAAAAAGUUCCAAUGAAAGAACCUUAAUUGAAAAGUCCCCCUAAGUAACUAACCAGGAGGCUUAAAUAGAAUGUAUGACAACUCCACCAAAAGAUUGCAAUGCAUUUGAAGUGGAUUUUCUUCGUUGAUUUUUGCGGUUAUGUUGGCUGAAUUAGUAAAUAAUUCUAUGAUUUAUUUAUCUAUAGGGCCCUGCAAUCAUAAAAUAUACCUUUAUUAAUCGUACUUGG